AUGGUUGGCACGGCCUUCGCCGGACACGUUCCAUCCCACUCGGUGCCGGUGGCAGCUGUGGCAACAACAUACCAUCACUCCGUCGUCGCGGCACCGACUUACGUGGCCGCCGCAGUACCCGCUGUGUCCACAACCGUCCACCAUGCUCCAGCCGUGUCCAAGGCCACUCGAGUGACCAGCUACCAGACUACCCAGCCAGGAGUGCCACAUACCGUGGCCAAGGUAUCCACGUACAUCCCCGCUGCCACGGCCGUUCAUACUGUCCACGCUUCGGUACCCACUGCGGUGACCGGUGUUCUUCAACACGCUCCAGCCUACGCGUAUGGCUACUAUCCGGCACGGUACAGCUACAGCCACCGCUACAACUACCACCCACUGCCCUACGGCUACGUCCAUGGCCUUAGCCCUUAUGGUCUCAACUAUGGCUACGGACUGGGCGCAUUCGGCUACGCCACACCUGUCAAGAAAUGUGAGAGCACUACGUUUUGCUCCUUUCCCUAA